GCAAACACAGCUCCCCUGGUCGCCUCUGCAGGAUACAGCGUCUGUGCUCUGGCAAGAUCCUGGCAGAUGCAGGCACGAGGGGUCUGCCAGGGACAGCUACAUGUCCUGCCCUUUGUCCAUCAGACCAAUGUGGAUACUGAGGUCCUGCAUGAUGUACAGAGCAGGGUGACCCCUGGGAAGUCCGGGGUCAGAGCUGGUCGCCCAAGGUGGCUGAAGGGGCCUGGAGUCGACAUCAGCCCACGGCGAGAGUGGAGCAAGAGCCCUCCUGGGAGGCCACGGCACAAGGCUGUGGACUGUGUCAGGGGCAGCCGGACAUGCACCUGGGUACAGUCGGUGGAGCUGCAGAUGGACAUGUUAGCUGGGGCUGGAGAUGGACAGGACACAGGGCAACAGACAGGGAGCUACCGACGAGGAUUCUGUCCCAAGACACUGGGUGGAUCGUGGGAAAAGAGAACAGCCCACAUGCUGGGGCGGAGAGGGGAGUUUGGCUUUGGACACACUGCCAUGGAAGAUGCUCAUGGGGGCCCCGUGGUCAGCUGGGCAUCUGGACACCGUCUGGGGUCCACUGAGCUGGCGGUAGGAACUGGAGGAGUCAGACCUGGAGUCACCAACUGUCUCUCCUGGCGGCUCUCCGUCUGCCUGGGAUUGGAGCCACCUCGUCUCAGAACUCAGGUGGCCAAUGCUCCACAGGUGUGGGCUGCUGGGCGGGGCAGGGACUCAGGGGCCAGGGAGGGAGGCUUCCAGUUCAAAGGCAGGGCUGGGGUGGGGUUUUAACCCGGAUUCCCCCAGACCCCCAGGGCAUGCCACCUGCCCCUCCCUGUCACCUAGGCCCACGCAGGGGCAGUCUGUCUGUCUCUGCUGACCCUAGUGUCUCACCUGGAGCUGGUGCCACGCAUGCUCAGGUCCACCACAGCCUGGCCUUGGUGGACCACUCAAUGCUGGUCACGUCUGCCCAAGCCCCGAGCAUCCUCAGCAGCCCGUGAAGCCCAGCAGGGCUGUGAAGGGGCAUUACACCUGGAUGUCCCCCACUAUGGGGUCGGCCACCUGCUCCCAGGGCAACUCCCCAUUUUCCACGCCAAGUUCCGGUGGCCAAGUCUACAUCCACACGGGCUGGUGGGAACAGGGUGCUGCCUGCCCUCUAGUUCCUACAGACAACACCUGGGUGUUCCCUCUCUGGAGCCCUGGGUGGCCGCCACAGGGAGGAGACGCUGAGCACAAUUAUCAGGACAGCGAGGGGUCGGGCUGUCCCGUCCCCACAUGCUCACACUGGAGUCGCCCUGACGCCUGCGCCUCAGCAUGGACCUUGUCUGGAAAGGUCUUCCCUGGACCAGCGGGUUGAGGUGAGACCGCGAGGUGGGACUCGUCCAGCACGGCACCAUCUUAAGAGGACACUGGGGCCGUGGGGGCACCACAUGAGACGAAGGUCCAUCUACAGCCAUCGGGGCCUCAAGGCCCAGCCCGGCCGCACCUUGGCCUGGGACUUCUGGGCUCCAGACUGUGAGGAGCAGAUUGUUGCUGCUUUAAACCUGUGGCCGCCUGAGCAGAGCAAGACGAGGAGCCGAGGAAGAGGCACCUGGUCCUGUUCUGUUCCCGGGCAGCCUGGAGAGGAGAAGGAUGGACGUCCACGGCUCCCAUGGGCUCUGGUCACCCAGCAGGCAGGGGAGGGGUGCUUCCAAUGGACUGUUAUUCGCAAAGCCAGGACGAGCUCCCGUUGCCCCGGCAACACCAUGGGGCUCUGGGUUUGCACGUUGGAAGCUGAAGGGGCGGACAGAGGGGUGAAGGAGCUGGGGUGUCGGCCACGGGGAGGCCGAGGUCCGGGAAGCAGCUGUUCAGUCUAUGGAGCCUGGUCCAGGGCCAGCCAGGGUGCUCAGUCUCGCCCACCCGCGUCACGGUGACCAAUCAGACGUCAGCCGGGCCUCCCCGUCAGAUAAGGAAGUGCACUGUGAUCCCACAAGGGCCCGAGUGCUUCUGCCCCCAAAUCCAUGUGUCGCGAUCCUUCUCCCAGGGGCGGUACUGAGAGGGGCCUUGGAGGUGAUCUGUUGUGAUGCUGGAGUCCCCCUGAAUGGACUUAGCACCUCUGAAAGGGACGUGUGGCGCUCUCUGCUACCCGGGCCUCGGACUCCCAUCCUCCAGGAUGUGACGCAGUCUGUGUUGCUUGAGACCCACCUGGUCCCUGGCCCUUGGUCCCAGUGGCCUGGACGUCCAAGGGCAUCCACUUCCGACCCCAAGAGUGUCCCGUGCAGGUAGAUCCCGUGGACUUGAGAUGCCCAUUAAUGGGUGGCCGAGUCAGACCUGCAGCCCCCUAGGGUGCCAGGAGGGGGCACCCGCGAGGCCGGGUGGCGUCCUGGCUGGUGGCCUCUCUCACAGGACAAGCAAUGACGCAGCAGGAGAAGACACUGCCCAAAGUCAGCCUGACCAAGAGCCAGAGCCUGUGAGCCCUGAGCUGCCGUCCAGGGGGCCCAGAAAGGAAUGCAGGAGGCACCCUGGAGGCGAGAACCCACGUGGA